AUGGCACAGCCUGCGCCGACAGCUGCCAGGUCUCCUGCGUAUGCAAAGAGCAUCCUCAAAGUGCUGUUCAUAUCUCUACUGUUCGACUUGCUAUCAUUCACCCUCAUCCUCCCGCUAUUCCCACGCCUACUGGAUUUCUACAAGGCCCAGCCCAACAAUGUCGUCCUGGAAUCGAUCUUCAACACCCUCAACGCCUUCAAGGCGUCCUUCCACCGCCCAAUCUCUUCGCGCUUCGACGUUGUUCUCCUCGGUGGAGCUCUGGGCUCUCUAUUCUCGUUCCUCCAGGCUGUGUCCAGCCCAAUCAUUGGCUCCCUGAGUGACCGCUAUGGGCGCCGAACAGCUCUCCUCUACUCCAUGAUUGGCAACAUCCUCUCCGUCCUCCUCUGGGUCGUCGCCACCGACUUCCCCACCUUCCUCGCCUCCCGCAUCGUCGGCGGCCUCUCGGAGGGCAACGUCCAGCUCGCAAUCGCAAUCGCAACCGACGUCUCGACCGCCGAGACCCGUGGCGCUACCCUCGCGCUUGUCGGCGUCGCAUUCAGCAUCGCAUUCACGUUUGGGCCCAUGAUGGGGGCGUAUCUGGCGAGCAAGACACUGACGCUCAAGAUCUCUGAGAAGAACCCGUUCGUGACUGCGGCGCUGUUCUCGCUGGCAUUGUUGGUGGUGGAGACGGCGUUCCUGUACUGGGAGCUGCCGGAGACGCGGCCGUUGCGGGAGGCGGCGGAGAAGGAGGAGAAGAAGAAGACGGUGGCGGAGGAGAGGACGGCGGCGGAUAAGGCGAGGAGUGAUGCGUCGGGGAUCACGCUCUUGAAUGCGACGCAUCUCCUCUUUCUGCUCAUCUUUAGUGGGAUGGAGUUCUCGCUGCCGUUUAUGACUUUUGACUUGUUUAACUACACCUCCACAGACUCGGGGAAGCUGUUGGGCUUCAUUGGGCUGCUGGCAUCGGUCCUGCAGGGCUCGUUUGUGCGCCGCGCGAAGCCGGCGCUGGUUGUGAAGACUGGGUUGGCGAGUGCGGCGAUCAGUUUCUUCCUGCUGAGCCGUGUGAAUAGCCAGAGGGAGCUAUAUGUAGCGGCCGCAUUCCUGGCAGUAACGAGCGCAAGUGUUGUGACUGGCUUGACCGCGUUGGUUAGCUUGAAGAUUGGCGAGCAGGAGAGAGGAAGAGUGUUGGGCGGGUUCAGGUCUGCUGGCCAGAUUGGACGAGCUACUGGACCGCUACUUUUCUGUACCCUCUACUGGUGGGCAGGACGAGAAACUGCCUAUGUCGUUGGUGGGACGGGAAUGGUGGGUGUCGCGACACUUGUGUGGAGGGGUUUGGGGAAAUGA